AUGUCUUCUCCAGCGCCACCUACCGAUCGCGCAGACGCUGGGCUGCUUCACCAUCUGCCGCACUCCCCGCCAGAGUCACCAGAGUCGUCCGCGCCGCCGCCAGCCUCCUCGCACCGCACGGCCGUGCUCACCUGGGAAGACGUCAGCUAUACCGUCAGCGGAGCUGACGAAGGUGACACCCGCAUCCUCGUGCGACACGUCUCCGGCUACGUUCAAAGUGGCGAGAUGCUCGCCGUUCUAGGACCUUCUGGGGCGGGCAAGACAACGUUGCUCGAUAUCUUAGCGCAGCGCAAGGUGAAAAGCAAGGGCGACAUCACAGGUAGAAUUAUGCUGAACGGAGAGCCUGUUGAGCCAGCCGCGUUCCAGCUCUGCAGCGGCUACGUGCAGCAGGAGGAUAUUAUGCAUAGCUAUGUGACCGUCGAGGAGGUGGUCCGCUUUUCUGCCACCCUCCGCACCUCGCCGACUAUUUCGGAAGAGGUGCUGGAGAGUCGGGUGUCUCAGGUUCUUCGGCAGCUUGGUAUUUACCACGUGCGCCACAGCUGCAUCGGUAGCGCCCUGGUGCGCGGCAUCAGCGGUGGAGAGCGCAAGCGAUGCGCUGUCGCCGCAGAGAUGGUGACGUUGCCCUCCCUUCUCUUCCUGGAUGAGCCGACAACUGGCCUCGACACCUUCACAGCGCUGCAUCUCCUCACGCUUCUGCGCUCGCUCUCCCGUUCAGGGGUGGCUGUCGUCUUCUCCAUCCAUCAGCCACGCUCGCGCAUAUACGAGGCCUUUGACCGUGUUCUGCUGCUGAACGGGUUCGGGGAGGAGGCGUACUUCGGCCCUGCCGCUGACGCGGUCCAGUUUCUUGCCGAGAUCGGCCUCUCCUCCGGCUGUUCGAGCAACCCAGCCGACUACCUCAUCGACGCCGUUUCCGUUUCGCCAGUCGAGGAGGCCUGGCUGUCAGAAGAGGCGCAGCAAUCGGCGGCAGUGGAGGCAGCUACGGACGGGAAUCAGCUCCGCCUACCGUCGCCAGCGCCAACGCAAGGCCGUGACAUCGCCGCCGCCUUCGCUUCUCUACGCCUAGCCGACGUUAUGCGGCAAAUCGACGAACUGCAACGCUCCUCCAGAGCGGCAACAGCGGCGCUGGCCGAGACCGGAUCCCCAGUGCGCGCCUACCCCCGCAGCUGGACCACACAAGUGCGGUGCAUCGCCAUGCGGUGUCUGCGCAAUCGUCGCCGUGACCCUGUCGCGACGUACGUCUCCGUCACGUCUGCUAUCGUAUUCGCCUUUCUCACGGGCACCAUCUACUACCAAGUCGGGAACUCGCAGGACAGCAUCCGCAGUCGCAUGGGCGUCCUUUUUUUCAUCAUGAUGAUCAGUACCUUCUCCUCCCUCGGCAGCCUUGAGAUGUUUCUGACUGAUCGCGCCAUCUACGCGCGCGAGCACCGCAACGGCAUGUACAGCACAUCGGCGUACUAUGUAGGCAAGUUUAUUCAAGAUGCGCCCAUCGUGGUGGCGAUAAACUUUCUCUUCAACUUGAUUGUUUACCUCCUGGUUGGCUUGCAGGGCACCGUCGCGAAGUUUCUCAUCUUCGACAGCGUCGGCGCCUUAGUCACGCUGAACAGCUACGCUCUCUGUCUUCUCAUGUCGAACCUGUCCAAGGACUAUGCCACCGGCAACAUUAUCACCUCGCUGCUGUUGGUGCUGUAUCUGCUGCCGACAGGCGGCAUGCUCGUGAGUCUGAACAGCAUCCCAUUCAUGUGGCGCUGGAUCAAGCACAUUUCCUUUGCCCGCUUUGCCUUUUCAGUCAUGGUGGCGAACGAGUUUGACGGGCUGACCUUCGUCUGCGACCCCGUGCCGUCCGACAUCGCGCCGUGCAUCACAUCUGGGACGACGUACGCAGCCUCGCAGGGCAUGUACGCCAAGGACAUUAGAUCGCACAUGCUGGUUGUCGCGCUCAGUAUGGCGGUCUAUCUUGUACUCGGCUACCUCGCGCUGCGCGGAUGGCGGUCCACUGAGGGGAAGUGA